AUGGCGCCCUCGACUUCUCAACCGAUCGAUGCACCCGCGUUCUCUCCACCUAUGACACCAAACGGAAUCACAAAGAGUCGAUCAGAAAACAGCUCCUCGAGGAGCACGAGACAACGCAGCAGAAUGCUAGCAUCAGCCAGCAGCAGUGGCAUGCUGCAGGAUAUGGUCAACGAGGCGCAGCAAGUUGUUGCAGGGGCCAGCGGAAGCUCCAACGGUAAAGGCAAAGCCAGGAGUAACGUGGCAGACAAGGACCAUUACGACUCGGACGUGAAGAUGGCCGAGGCUCUCCAAGCUGAGGAGGAUGCCAAAGAGGAUGUGAUGGAAGUGUGUCCGGUCACCGACAAAGACGAGAAGCAUUUCCCCAUCAUGGAGCUGCCGACCGAGAUACGCCUCGAGAUCUACCGCGCCUGUCUGACGAGACCGUAUAACAUCCUACUGUCGAAGAAAGAGCAGCCGCCACAAAUUGUUGAGAAGGAACCAGAGUUAAGCAAGGGUGUCGUAGACGUCAUGGAGAGCCUCUCGGAUGCUGAAGAGGUCGAGGAGGACGUACAGCGACGGUCGAACUUGAGAACGCGUCACCAGCGUAUCACUUCCGGCGGCGAUGCAGUCGCCUCUGCUUUCCGUCGUGCUGGCGUCCCAAACGGCAUGGUCAGAGGUCUGGCAUCACGAGGUGCACGUCCCAUCCGCUUACAAACUAGUCGUUCUGCUCCUGGCUCAGCUGCGGGCAACAACAUUCCUGGAAGCCCAUCAUAUGGCGCGGCGCAGACUGCCGGCACUGGCAUGGUCUUCCGCUCGGCCACCACACGACCUGCCAAUGCUCGUAGACACGUCAACACGUCUCGUGCUGGCGUGUCAAGCUCUUCCGAACCGGCGCGUAACCAGAAUGCCGAUCCUCUUCUCGUUAACAUCCUUCGAGCUAGCCGAGACGUUUACAAGGAGGCUCGAAGUGUCCUGUACAACGAGAACAUCUUCAAUCUCGAUCUCAACACUGCCAUGCCGACGCUCGCAUGUCUACAUCAACGCUCACGCCGUCAAAUCAAGCACAUCGAAUUGGAGAUUCCGACUUAUAACGAGAUUCUUGAACGCUUCCAGGAGACCGUGCGACUCAGCCUGCGAUACUGCACCGGUUUGAAGAAGAUUGUUAUUCACAUGCCUUUCACGCUUCCUGGCGCAGACGGCAGCGGCACUACCGGCAAUACGACCGUCUACGCGAACGGCUUCGACAUUCUCAGGUGGCUACCGCAAGAAUGCAAUGUCAUUAUGCAAGGCAACAUUUGCUCCGAGAUUUCAACUGUGGUCAAUAAGCAUUUGCAUCUUGCAAAGACGCUUGAUAAGCUCGCGUACGCCCGACGACAACUAAUCUCGAACGACACUGGCAGCUCGUCGUCAAACUCAGGCAGUUGA